CGCCAUUACUGUUUUGUAAAUAAAACUAAAAUUGGCAAGUGGUGACUACCACUGUUAGUUCUGGCACAAGAUGUCAUGGCUUUUGAAAAAUGCUGAAGACUUCCUCAACAAGGUGGACCAGUCUGCAGCGGAUGCUCUUCAAAAAGAUGAGGAUGCAAAACGGGCGAAACGAAGUUACAAAGCUCCCGAACGAAAGACUGAACCGUCAAUUGAUAAAAAUGUCACCUCUAAACCCCUGGUGUCGUACACAAAGUCCGAUUCCCAGAACUCUCUGCCAUAUUCUGUGAGCGUCCCAGCUAAUCUUAGUAAACUUAACCCAGGUCAUAGUUCAGGGAACGCUGCUUCUGUAAAUAAACCAAGGCCUUCAUUUUCUAAUCCUUCUAACGGAUCAGCAAUAAGGAAGAAGGACAAGGAUGCAGAAUUAUUUGAGUUCUUGAACAGUGAGGAACCCGUUGAUAACAAUGCUCAGAAAAUUGAACGGAUAAAUCCUGUGUUCAGUCAUUCGAGGCAGUCAAGUACAUCGUCUGUGGUUUCUAAUAAAAGUGGUAAGAUGAUGGAAGUGCAAGGGGCCACGUCUGUCGCACCGUCUGCAGCUGACCAUGGGAAAACUAUUGCCAUACCUAUCACAGAUGAAAACGAUUCCGGAGGUAGUCAGCCAGAAGUGUUUGACGACACACAUUCCAAUGGUCCGUCUAGUCAUGCCAGUGGGCACCAGAGUCGUGGCGAUGAUGAUCACCUACAGCAGCAACAGCUUUCGUCGCUCGAGUUGGAGAACAAAUUGUUACGGAGCGAGGUGGCAUCGUUGAAUCAGGAGAUGGCUUCCGUCAUACAGAGGGCAAGGGAUUCGCAAGAUGAAUUACAGAAGACAAAAGCAAAGCUUGUAUCCUAUCAACAACAGAUGUCAGCGAGUGACCAAAUGUCACGAGAACUACAGUCAAGAGAAGCAGAUCUGACUGAAGCGUUGAAAGCCAAGGAUUCACAGCUCGGAGUGCUGAGGGUACGCUUUGAAGAAACUGAUAAAGAACUGCAGGAGAAGAAGACCACUAUUGAAUCGCUGAAAAGUCACAAUAGCAGAAUCUUACAAGAUCACACCCAGUCGACCGGUGUCCAGAGUCAGGCAUUUGACAGUAUGAAAGAGAAGUUGAAUGAGGCUGAUAUGGCCUUGCAGAGAGAGAAGGAAACGUAUAGAAAGGUACAGGAAGAGUCAAUGCAGAGGCAGAGCCAACUCGAGAUGGAGCAGAAGAGUCUUGCUGAGGCUUUGACCAGUGCUCAGAGGAAGUUGAAUGAAGAGAAAGGACGGAGUGGUGAACUGACCUCUCAGAUCAAGGUACUGAAGAGUGGCAAUGAAGCUGCUAAACGUGAAUUAUCCGACUACAAGGAGAAGGCGGCUAGGAUCCUACAGGGCAAGGAUAAGCUGAUUGCUACUCUAAAGGAUGGUGCCAAUGCUGCGGCAGUAGGUGCGUCAUCAGGAUCGGAAGCAAGCAGCAUCACUGCUACUAUCGAGCUUGAAGAAGUCAGGCAAGAGAAGGAGAUGUAUCGAGAGGAGCUACAGCAAUGUCGCAUGAAUAUUGAGAAUCUCCGUCUGGAAAUUCAGGAUUUGGAGACUCAGAAUCAGACUGAUCACGACAAUGCUCAAGAUACUAUCGGCAGUCUUGAGGAGCAACUGACUUCAGAGAAGAGGAAAAAAGAGGAUGCUGAGCAGGAGAUUCUCAAACAAAAACAGGAAUUGAGAUAUGCACACGAGGAGCUUCUAAAGCAGAAGACGAAUUUCUCAUCACGGCUACAAGAGAAGGAUGUGGAGAUAGAUAAACUACGACAGCAAAUGCAGGUCAAACAGAAUGGCAGUACCUCCCAGGCAGAAUUGGAGAAUCGCUUGCAUGCCCUAACAGAGAGUCUCAUACAGAAACAGACCAUGCUUGAAGCGCUGGGGACCGAGAAGAAUUCCCUGGGAUUGCAGUUAGAACGACUAGAGAGGCAAUACAAAGAUAUUCAGUCGUCUGCUAUGAGGGCGUCUGCCACACAUGUACACAUAUCAGAAGAGGAUGAAGGGGCCCGACAACGACUACCAGUGUUCAUGCGUGAAUCCCCGAUCGACACGAAAGUAGCAAGAGGAGUAAAGAGGGCAGUUAACACUUUGGAUCGUUUUGGAAUUAAAAUUGGCGUGUUCCUUAAGAGAUACCCGUUUGCAAGAAUAUUUGUCCUUCUCUACAUGCUGGUGCUCCAUUUCUGGGUGACGAUAGUUAUGAUGACGUACCAGCCAGAGAUCCAUGGUGUGGACUACGUACAUCCACAGGCACCGAACAUGCAGGGGCUGCAUUAGGAGCAACAGUCAGAACACAUUAAUGAACAGCUAAGAUAUAAGCAGACGACUCCAAUAUAAAUAACAUUUGGGAAUGAGUUUCAGCAUUUGGGGAGAGGACAUUGUGAAAUAAUGGAAGCAGUGAUAAAAGAUGGGCAAACAAACUAGUCAUUUGUAAGAUGCAAGGCAUCUGAGAAACGCAAUUGUGACCCGUCACAGCAAAACUAGGCGCAUGUCGCACAGAAGAUGAGCCUUAAUGACACCAGGAGAUAAUGGAAGAAAUUGAUGUGCUCAUAUUUCACAAAAGGCAGACAAUAGAGAAAUGAACAGUCUGUCUCAACCUGCCAAGCUCAGAGCGACAUGCGUCUGGUUUUGCUGUGACGGGUCACAAUUAUGACAUUUUCUCAGAUGCCUUGUUUAUACAUCUUGCUCAUUGUGUAAGUAUAUAAAAGUAGAAAGUGUUUGCUCCAUGUAUUUUAAUACAUGUAGCUGUGGUUUUGCUAAAGUGAUCGUUAAAGCAAAAUGUGGAAGCAGUGGUCUUUGGUUUCAGAGUAAACACUCUGUAUUAUGAGUUGAAGAUAAAGAAACUGUGAAACUUUGCACCCAUUUAAUACAUCGGCAAUACCAAGUGUACUUAAUUAUUACAGGUUACAGACAAAGUUGUCUUUCAUGAUAUACAUGUACAUGUACAUGUACGCAUAUGGUGCAUGUGUAUUUGAUCUGUAUCCAUGUUCACAUGUACGUAUACGCAUACGUUUCUUGCUUUUACUUGUAUAUCUUCUGCAAACCAAAUUUAAAGGCCAACACUGUGUACAUUGUUUUUGUGUGUGACACAAGUAAAUGGAUAUAAACUAAACAUUGCCACUGUACAGUUACGAGACACGUCAACAUAUGUAAUGAAAAUUGACCUUUAGAGUAAGUAUGUAUUGGUAUUCACAACAGCGGUGUUGGAUGUUUAUAUUCAUUGUGUAUUUACAAGUUUCAAAUUCUAUUUCAAAUUUUGAACCAGCGACAUUUGCCUUUAAAGCUUGACAGAUCUAAAGGAAGGAAAGGAAAGGAUCUAAGAGUUUCAUGAGUAGGCAGAUUACUGUUUGUGCAUCAGAUGGGAUGCAGUCACACGCCCACUGGGUUUGAAUUGAAGUCUCAGAUCAGCUUUGUAAAGAUGAGGCUAUCAUGUACAGCAGCUGAGACAAGGCCAUAUAUCAAGUACAUGUAGAACAGUGUACAUAGAUCAUAGACUUAUUUUUGUAAAAAUUAUCCAAUAUUCUAUCCCUGCUGUAUAACAUAAGACUAGUCCCUUGGGGGGUAUUACUGGUAGUUGGUGGUGUAUGAAAAAAAGUUAAGGAUGGAGUUUGUGGUCAAAAUCUACUCGGAGGUUGUCGUCCAAUUUCACACUUCAACCCUGGUCUAUCCAAAAACGUUUCAGUAGAAAUCAGAUGAGCUGGUCAACAAGCCCUACCAGCAGUAUUUCUGACUGGUACCCCAAAAUACCGACAUGGGUAGGGUGAAGCCAUUUCGAGAAUGACCUGCCUAAACUUGACUGGGGUUUGAGCCGGGAACCUCUUGACCAUUGGCUGAGAGUCUAAGCCACUAGUUGUAGACAUUGUAAUCUUCGAUGGUAGAUUUCAGGUGCGAUUUGUCAAUUUCUCCCUGGCUAUACAAAAACAUUUGGAUGCUUUCUGCCACUUGCGAGCAUCCGUUGUCCUCCAUUUUAUGUCUGUAAAUUGUACAUUUAACCUCUUAUACAUGUCACUUUUGUGGUUGAUGACACGGUCAUAAAAUGUAGUGUAAAUAAGCUGUACGUGUAUUUAAAUAAACUCUAACUGGUA